CUUACUGACUGAUUGUUGAAUUUGAUACCAUGACUGCUGUCAACAGGGCCCGGAAAGACAGAACUAUCAGAAAAUUCACACCUUCAUUGCAUGAGUCUCCUUACACAGAGAGUGAUUUUGGCAGUGGUGUAAGACAAGCAUGCCUCUCUAACAAAACAGGAACAGUGGGAUUAAAAGUCUCCAAGACAAUAGUAGUAGGUGAUGUUUCAGUCGGGAAGACCAGCCUUGUACAUCGUUUCUGCCAUGAGUGUUUCGAUAGGGACUACAAGGCCACCAUAGGAGUAGACUUCGAAGUGGAACGGUUCGAUAUACUCAGUGUGCCUUUCAACUUGCAGAUAUGGGACACAGCAGGUCAGGAACGGUUCCGCUGUAUUGCAUCUGCCUACUACAGAGGAGCAAACGUUGUUGUGAUAGUAUUUGAUCUGAUGGAUCCCUACUCCUUGGAGAGUGUAGACAGGUGGCAUGAGGAAGCAUUAAGAGAGAACAACGGUAAUGGAGUACACCUCUUCCUAGUCGGUACAAAGAAAGACCUUUGUACUGGGCAGCAGUUCUUUGAAGCCGAUGAACGUGCCUUCAAAAUAGCGAAAAAAAUUAAAGCAGAGUAUUGGACUGUUUCCUCCCUUACAGGUGAGAAUGUGGAUGAAUUCUUCUUCCGGUUAGCUUGUAUCACAUUCAAUGCAGCUGUCAUUAGAGAAGUAGAAGAUAUGCAAGUCAAGUCUCAAGCCAAGAAAAUCACUGUUUCUUCAGGCAGUAAUCUCAUCAAACUGAAUAAACCUGGUGACUUGGAUGCAUCCCUGCAAGAAAAGUCAAGAUGUGGCUGUCGAUGAUGUCAUAAUUAGCAUAAUUUUUGUGAGUAUUCAUUUUUGUUUUGCAUCUCAUACAUAUUUAUGAGCUGCUACUGUUUGAUUGGUCAAAUACCACCAUAUCGUUGAGUCAGUGCAGGAAGGUUGUAUGUCAUAUUUUCAGUAAAAUUUAUGUAGCCUUUGAGAAAGACUCUGCUAGGGUCGAAACGUCAGGCCAUUAACUAUUUUUUGCAAAUUUAUUUAGAAUAUAAUUAAAGGUGCUUUAUUUUUCUUUGAAUAAACUGUAAAAGUUACAAGUUUGUCAAACAAAAAAUGGUAUCAUUGUUCGUUAAUGUGUUCUUGGCAACAAAGUUGUAUCUCACACAUACCACCUAAUUUGAAACGUCACCAAACCUUAAUAAGUGAUUUAUGCAAAACAACCGAAACUGGAGUCACAGCCUUGUUGCAUUGACGAAACGAUAUACUAGUUAUUAUUACAUUUGACCUAAGAUAAUAUAUGUAUCUGUUUCUGUAUCAAUAGCGAGGCUUACUUUACCAAAUCCAGGAAAAAAAACUAAAAUGUAUCUGUUUAGUAGUUUCUUUAUUCUCUUUUUGCUAUUUUGAUUCCUAGUGUUAUCCUAUUCAUAUGUCUUUCAUUAAUUAUUGACAUUUUUUAUCGUAUUCCAUGUUUGCUUUAUGCCAAAGGUACCACAUCUUUCUCUGUAGUAUUUAGUUAGUUUUGUGUUGUGUGUUUGUUACGAUGAGUUCCAUUUAUAUUAUAUCAGUGCAUUAUAGCCAGGGCCCGACUUCAAAAAGCUGUUUAGCAGAAAAUACUGCUUAACAAAUUUCUUUGCUAAGCAAACAAUAAGUGGGGAACCAGUCUCAACAAUGUAAACCUAAUGAAAUAUUGGCUGGUAAACUGUUUUUGCUAAGCAAGGUUUCCGUGCUUAGUAGAUGUAUGUGCUUACAGGCUUUAUGAUAUAGGGCCACGAAGAAAUUAUUCUCUGUUUAACAGUCAGAUUUCUUAACCACUUGCCGCUAGGAUAAUGGGGGCAAAUGACACUCUUGGCUGUGCCUAGAGGGGCUAUUUGCCCCCUUGGGUGUCAAAGCAACAUGAACCUAACCUCGUUCCCCAGGUUGAUCUUGCCAUACUUUUUUUCAAGCAUGCCUUGCUCGCUCACUGGAAUAAGUUCAUUAAAAUGUAUCAGAAUCUGGCACAUUUUAACUAGGCCUGUGGUCAAUGCACUCUACGUGUCGUUAUGUACUGGUAACCCAUAAAAGAGGCAUCUAGCCAAAGCGCAACUGCCAACUGGUCCCCUCUCUUUCUCAUGAUGUUUCUAACUGUAUUCAGUUAGCGUGUACGUAAAGUAGUUAUUUUGGCGAGUCAUUCAGCUUUGUUUUUCAGUAAGUUACUACGAGGGGCUAGCUAGUGACAAGAGGUAUGGAUACGAUGCACUGCUCAUGGUAGCGAAGCUGCCAUGGACUCCAUUGCAGCGUGCAUUAUGGACUCCAUUGCAGCGUGCAUUAUGGACUCCAUUGCAGCGUGCAUUAUGGACUCCAUUGCAGCGUGCAUUAUGGACUCCAUUGCAGCGUGCAUUAUGGACUCCAUUGCAGCGUGCAUUAACUAUAAAAGUUAAUGACCAGGGCCCAAUUUGAAAGAGCUGCUAAGCACAAACAUUUGCUUAGCUUAAUUUCUUUC